UUUUUUUUUUUUUCUUUACAAGAGGCUAAAACCAUUGGAUUGAUGAUUUAUCGGCAUGUGAAUAAGACUUCCUCCCCACAAAAAAGCUUAGUCGUUGCUUCACUUCACUAUUUAAAAUGACAAAUACAAAUGUCAGCUAUGUGGGGUAAGUAUUUAUAUUGGAUUUCAUCUUAUCUUUUCCCUUUUUCUUUCUUUUUUUCUAUUAUAUUCUUAUCAUUACUCUCAUGUCUCUUGCAAGCUCUUUAAAUACUACUUUCCAAUUUGACCAAGCGACAAAAACUACUUUUCUUGGUCAGACAAAUACUGGAUCCGCUUGUUACCAUGGUCAAGCAAGCGAUCAAUGGGUUGUUGGCAGCGUACCAAAUGUAAGUGGAUAUGUUGUUAGUUUACUUCUUGAUAGUGUUCUUCGUCAUUUUGAACAACGAUUCCAAAAGCAUCCCAUCUCUCUUCACUGUUUCUUCUUUGGCAAGACUUUACCUGGUAACUUUAUUGUUGAAAUAGAGGAUCUCAAAACCAGUGGAAAAGGUUAUUGUGUUUGUCGCGCCAGUUUGAAACAAUACAAGGAUGUCACUCUACCAUUACCAACCUCGAUUCAUGACUACAACUCGGAAGACUUUAUUACCAAGGUACAUGGUCUGUUCACCAUGGGCAAUAUGGAAACGGAACAAGGACGAACGUAUUACCACAAGAAUCCAAAGGCACCUUCCAGGGACAAGCUUGUUCCAACAAACUAUUUCAUUAUGGGUGAUCUUGUUAAUGCCAAGGUGGAUCCUUCAACCUUUCCUCGAAUGGCAGAUACUGGCGACCUUAUUUCCGAAAGAAGUAGUUCCAAAGAUAACCACGAAACUGUGGCUGGUCAACCUGAACUCUCACAAUGCAUGUCCUUUGCUGAUGGUCGUCCUAUCGAUAUGAAAUCUUUAGCCUAUUGGUCCGAUAUGUUCCUUACACCUCCCUUUCUCUUAGGUCCUUCUUUUUGGGGUGGCAACAUAUGGUGUCCUACCAUGGAACUAUCUAUUCAAUUCAAGGGAAUUCCUUCCAACACAUCCGAAAUCUUAGCCCAUUUCAAAGUACCUCAUAUUAUCAAUAAUCGAUUUGACCUGGAUGGUGAACUUUUUGAUGGUGAUGGUAAUUUAUUGGCUUUGACAAGACAUCAAUGUUUGGUAGUGGAUUGGAGCCGAAAUACCAAAACGACUGCAAAGAUGUAAACAUACAAUAGUUUACUAGUAUAGUGUAGAUCACCCCCAAUUUUUCUUUUUUAUCUGUAUCGUUAUGUGUGUGUAUUUUCUAUGACUUUUAAUAUAGAUUAUUUUAAUCGACUUGUUGAACAAUAAACUACC